AUGCCCAAAAUUCGUACCUCAAGGACCAAGAGACCUCCCGAAGGCUUUGAAGACAUUGAAGGGAUUCUGGAGGACUACGCAAAAAAGAUGCGCGACGCUGAGAACGAGUCGCACGAGGGCAAACGCAAAACGGAGUCCUUAUGGCCGAUCAUGCGUAUAUCCCAUACACGCUCCCGGUACAUUUACGAGCUCUACUACAAGCGGGAGGCCAUCAGCAAAGAGUUGUAUGACUGGCUCUUAAAGGAGGGAUAUGCAGAUGCGAAUCUCAUCGCCAAAUGGAAGAAAGCCGGUUAUGAGAAACUCUGCUGCCUGCGUUGUAUACAGACACGAGACAUGAACUAUCAAGGGUCGACAUGCAUCUGUCGCGUGCCCAAGGGCCAACUUCGGCAGGGAACUGUUGUCGAGUGUGUGCACUGCGGGUGCCGAGGGUGCAGUUCUGAUUCGUAA